UCAACGUCUAUAGACGACGUAUUAUGCUGCGAAUUUUCCGCCUGCAGGACCAGGUCUGCCUUCGUUGAAGCUUGCACGUUUUCUUGCGUUUUUCCCGAAUUUCCUUUCGAUUUCUCUUUCAUGCGUUUGGAACUGAUCGUGGAUUCUACCCGGAAUCUGAUUAUCACCUUAGAUCUGUCCAAGGAGGGGAGGAAUAAGACUUCACUUCUUCAAUCCUAGUAAUAUAGAUUUCGCAAAUGCUAUUUGGCAGGCCCAGAAGUCAGCCAAGGGCUAGCAGACCUGGGUCAUUGGGAGGAAUGGACUAUGCUGAUCCAAAGAGGAAGGGCAGUUUUGUUGGGAAAGUUUUUCUUGCUGCGGCAUUGACAGCAUUAUGCAUUAUCAUGAUCAAGCAGUCUCCUUCUAUGAACUCCCCUAGUCCGUUUUCUUUCCAUGAACCUGGAGUCACACAUGUCCUGGUAACAGGAGGAGCAGGCUAUAUUGGGUCACAUGCUGCUCUACGACUUUUGAAGGAUUCUUAUCGUGUCACCAUAGUGGACAACUUGUCACGAGGAAAUUUAGGUGCCAUCAGGGUUCUCCAAGAAUUAUUUCCAGAACCUGGAAGGCUUCAAUUUAUAUAUGCUGAUUUGGGAGAUAAGAAAUCUGUUGAUAAAAUAUUUUCAGAGAAUAAAUUUGAUGCUGUAAUGCACUUUGCUGCUGUUGCAUAUGUUGGGGAGAGCACAGCUGAUCCUCUUAAGUAUUACCACAAUAUUACAUCAAACACAUUGUUGGUUUUGGAGUCUAUGGCUAAACAUGGUGUGACGACAUUGAUAUAUUCUAGUACAUGUGCAACAUAUGGAGAACCUGAAAAGAUGCCCAUUACAGAAGAAACACCCCAGUUCCCAAUAAAUCCAUAUGGAAAAGCCAAGAAGAUGGCAGAAGAUAUCAUCCUUGAUUUUUCUAAAACCUCGGACAUGGCUGUGAUGAUCCUAAGAUACUUCAAUGUGAUUGGAUCAGAUCCUGAGGGCAGAUUAGGAGAGGCUCCAAGACCUGAACUGCGAGAACAAGGUCGAAUUUCAGGUGCCUGCUUUGAUGCAGCACGUGGUAUUAUUCCUGGCUUAAAGGUUAGAGGAACGGAUUAUAAGACACCUGACGGAACUUGUGUACGAGAUUAUAUUGAUGUAACUGACCUGGUUGAUGCUCAUGUGAAAGCUCUUGAAAAGGCUCAAUCUGGUAAAGUCGGGAUCUACAACGUUGGCACCGGAAGAGGUAGAUCUGUUAAAGAGUUUGUGGAAGCUUGUAAAAAGGCUACCGGGGUGGACAUUAAAGUUGAAUAUCUUUCCCGUCGUCCCGGCGAUUACGCUGAAGUGUACAGUGACCCAUCAAAGAUAUUGCGCGAACUGAAUUGGACUGCGCGUUACACCAAUCUUCAAGAGAGUUUGGGGAUUGCAUGGAGAUGGCAGAAAGCUCACCGUGAUGGUUAUGGAACUUCAUCUGCAGUUCUCUGAAACUCUCAGAGCUGCUUUGCACGCUUAACACUAACAGAGAACAGAUCAUCUGAAAUCGAAGCGUUCGUGAAGUUUGAAGGGAAGCAUUAGUACUGUACAUGUGGUGUUGGUGCUUUCUAUUCAACUUCACUAGCUUCACAGGUUUUCAGUAUUAGAAGAUUCAGAUCCAACAGAACCUGAAGCAUUUACAUCCAUCUCUUUUUGUUAAACGUGAGGCAUUCUGGAAAAUGAAUUUUAGCUUUGGACCAAUAAAGGCAUGACCAUGGAUGAUUAAUACUUAUAGAGCAUAGUUCCACUGUUGAAGUCAGUCAUCUUUCUCAUGCUAGUGGAAGUGGGUAGAGUAGAAUAUCCCCCCUAUUUUUCUUAUUUACUGAGUUGUUAUUGGGUUAGUAUGGUUUUAGGGAGUAUUAGUCGAUUUGUUAUAUGUAUCUACGACAUGUUCAAUAAUAUGAAAUGUAUGAUGGCCGAGUUAUGAUAUGACUCUCCUGUGUCAUCUUUCUUCA